CCGCGGGCGCCUGGGCCCAGGCCGGGCAGCGGGGCCGAGCAGGCGGCGCGGGGCCCGCACACGCCUCUCCUCCGCCGCCGCCGCCGCCUUCUCUCUCGUCCGCUCCCGGGGCCGCGAGCGAGGAAUCUGCCGCCCGGAAGCCGCGGCGCGUUGGCUGGCGGCCCGAGGGAAGAUGGCGUCGGUGUGGGACGAGUCCGAGGAUGGCGUCGGCGAAGAGGUGCUGAAGAUGUCCACGGAGGAGAUCGUGCAGCGGACGCGUCUCCUCGACAGCGAGAUCAAGAUCAUGAAGAGUGAGGUACUGAGAGUGACCCACGAGCUUCAGGCCAUGAAAGACAAGAUCAAAGAGAACAGUGAGAAGAUCAAAGUGAACAAAACCUUGCCGUACCUGGUCUCUAACGUCAUUGAGCUGCUGGAUGUUGACCCCAAUGACCAGGAGGAGGAUGGAGCAAACAUUGACCUGGAUUCCCAGAGAAAGGGCAAGUGUGCUGUGAUCAAGACCUCUACACGUCAGACGUAUUUCCUGCCUGUUAUUGGCUUGGUUGAUGCUGAGAAGUUGAAGCCUGGAGACCUGGUGGGAGUGAACAAAGACUCUUACUUGAUCCUGGAGACUCUGCCCACCGAGUAUGAUUCGCGGGUGAAAGCCAUGGAGGUGGAUGAGCGACCCACAGAGCAGUACAGUGACAUCGGCGGGCUGGAUAAACAAAUCCAAGAGCUCGUGGAGGCCAUUGUCCUGCCCAUGAAUCACAAGGAGAAGUUUGAAAACUUGGGUAUACAGCCACCCAAAGGAGUCCUCAUGUACGGGCCUCCAGGGACAGGCAAGACACUUCUGGCUCGAGCAUGUGCUGCCCAGACCAAGGCCACGUUCCUGAAGCUGGCAGGCCCGCAGCUCGUGCAGAUGUUCAUCGGCGACGGGGCCAAGCUGGUGCGCGACGCUUUCGCUCUGGCCAAGGAGAAAGCCCCUUCCAUCAUCUUCAUCGACGAGCUGGACGCCAUCGGCACCAAGAGGUUUGACAGCGAGAAGGCCGGUGACCGGGAGGUGCAGAGGACCAUGCUGGAGCUGCUGAACCAACUCGAUGGUUUCCAGCCCAACACACAAGUCAAGGUGAUUGCUGCCACCAACCGGGUCGAUAUCCUGGACCCGGCUUUGCUCCGCUCGGGGCGGCUGGAUCGCAAGAUUGAGUUCCCGAUGCCGAACGAGGAGGCCAGAGCCAGAAUUAUGCAGAUCCACUCGCGCAAAAUGAACGUGAGCCCCGACGUGAACUACGAGGAGCUGGCUCGCUGCACAGACGACUUCAACGGGGCACAGUGCAAGGCGGUGUGCGUGGAGGCGGGGAUGAUCGCCCUGCGCCGCGGGGCCACGGAGCUCACCCACGAGGACUACAUGGAGGGAAUCCUGGAGGUGCAGGCGAAGAAAAAAGCCAACCUGCAGUACUAUGCCUGAUCUCUGCCCGGUCAAGGGGGUGCCCUGGGCAGAGGACGGGACUAGAUUGGACUGUACCACUUAUUUUAUGUCUGGAAAAAAUAAAACUGCUAUUUUUCCCCCCA